UGAGGGGAAAAGUUUGAAUACCUGUGCUGACCAUGACCAAGUCAUCUUUUCUAAAGCUUCCUUUCUACCGUGUUCAAAGAACGAACAUUUGAUGUUGGAAGCUAGGACCAGCCAUAGAUCAAGGCGAAGACCACCAAUUAAAACCACGUAAAUCAACCCAAUUAAUGAGAUUUCCCAAGGCUAGCUAUGUUCAGAUCUAAAACCAGCCAAACAAAGCAGAGAACCUCAGAAACCAUGGAGGGCCAGAUAGUAUCUCUAAUCCUUCAUGGGUGUAAGGUAGCUAGAGAACUUGAAUCAAACCUACCAAAAUUGGCCGACGACCCAAACAUGCUCUCCAAGUCCUGCGACGAGGUCAUAAAGGCUUUCGGAACCGCGAAGGAACGGCUAUAUACUCAAGACCCUACUGCACAUGAUCCCGGGCACAUGUACUUAUUCCGUGAACCGCAGGAAUCACAGCAGCCUAAGAUUGAAGCAAGUUUGCAGGGAUGGCUAAGGUCUAGUUACACCCAAACAAUGGACAUGUUUCCAAUGCAACUUCAAGCUGAAAGGAGCCCCUCCUUCAAUAUGCAGGAGUCGGGUUCCAAUGCCGUCCUCGUUGCUGGAUUGGGUGGAGGAGAGGUCGAAGGCUCUGCGCGAUCUUGGAGCAUGGGAGGAGAUCAGCUUCGGCCCCUCGACGCUUCAGAUUCUGGCAUCGGUUCAUCGUUGCAAAGACAGCGAAGGAGGAAGGAUGAUGGGGAGAGACGGACAGUUAAGAUGGCUGCACCUCGAAUUGGAAAUACUGAGAUUCCACCCGAGGAUGGAUACACUUGGAGAAAAUACGGGCAGAAAGAGAUACUCGGCUCAAGAUUCCCAAGGAGUUACUAUAGGUGCACCCACCAAAAGUUAUACCAAUGUCCAGCCAAGAGGCAAGUCCAGAGGCUCGAUCAUGAUCCCAACACGUUUGAAGUGACUUAUCGAGGUGAUCACACGUGCCACAUGUCGUCCACCGCACCAUCAAUUCCACCAUUACCCCUUACAGCAACUGAAAUUACCCAUGAGAUGGCCCAAAUUAUAACCACCCAACCUCCUCAAUCUAAUUCAGUUCCUCUAAGCAGAUGGCUCUCAAUGGAGCACUUCAGCCUAAGAGCCGGAGCAGUGAGAAGCACCAGUGGCAUGGUUGUCGGUGGUGGUGCGGGUCCAUCCUCCACGCGAAGUGGCAAAGAAGUUGAAUGCCCGGUUGCAGAUAUGGCCGAUGCAAUGUUUAACUCUGGCAGCAGUAGUACUAGCAAUAGCAUGGACUGGUUCUUAGGUGACAAAUGGGAGUCAGGAGACAAAGAAGGUAAAUAGACUGGCGAGACUGGUUCUUAGGUGAUUCUUAUUUUUCUUUGCCGCUGCACCUUAUCCAAAAAAAAAAAAAAAGGAAGAAGAAGAAGAAAAAUAUUAUUACCAUGAAUUACUUACCCUUUUUUUUUUUUGAUAUUAUGAAUUACGUACCCAUUAAUUCCCAAUUUCGAUUGUGCUAUAUCGGAUGGCAUAAUUUAUAUUAAUUAUUUAGGAGACGAGGUGCAGACAAUAAGCUUUGUAUGCAAGACCUGCCACUCGUACGGUCUACACCAACUAACUUCUUGCAAUGUCCAAAUUUAAGAAUCAUGUAAUCAUCGCAGCCAACUAACUUCUUUUUGUCUUUUUUAAAGUAAACGAGUCGUCAAAGGAAAUGAACCAUCAUACCCAGCAACAUCUAUGUUUGUUAUAAGAGCAUCAGCCACCCCCUUUCACUUAUUUC